AGGACGAUCGGGUUCAGAUUGAGCUUUUGGGAAUGGCAUAUAAAAAAUGUGCAACAAGGCACAAGCAAGCAAAGGUGGAGGAGAGAGGACAUUGGGCCAGUAAGGUGGAGUUUCUCCUGGCUGUGGCGGGAAAUGUUGUUGGCCUGGGCAACGUGUGGAGGUUUCCUUACCUCUGCUACAAAAAUGGAGGGGGAGCAUUCCUGGUGCCAUAUCUGGUAUUUGUGGUGACCUGUGGCGUACCACUGUUCCUGCUGGAGACCACUGUAGGCCAGUACACCCAGCAAGGCUGCAUAGCCUUCUGGAGGAAGCUAUGCCCACUGGCAGAAGGUAUUGGCUAUUGUGGGCAGCUGAUCCUUUUCUACAGCUGUAUGACCUACAUCAUCAUUCUGUCCUGGGCUUUGCUCUACCUGGUGUUCUCCUUCAGCUCAGAGCUGCCCUGGGCCAGCUGCAACAACUACUGGAACACAGAUGACUGCAUAGACUUUUCAACGCAAAAUAAAACCUCUGAAUGGACCAACCACACAAACACCACCUCUGCUGCCACAGAGUUCUGGGAACGACGAGUGCUGGCUAUCUCAGGGGGGAUUGAGGAGAUAGGCAGUAUCAGGUGGGAGGUGCUGUUGUGCCUAAUUGCAAUGUGGAUCACCUGCUACUUUUGUGUCUGGAAAGGGGUCCGGUCUACAGGAAAGGUGGUGUAUUUCACUGCUACAUUUCCCUAUGUGAUGUUGGUAAUUCUUUUGAUUCGUGGCCUCACUCUUCCUGGAGCUCUACAAGGAGUAGUGUUUUAUCUUCUGCCUGAACCCUCACGACUCGCAGACCCUCAGGUUUGGAUGGAGGCUGGUUCUCAGAUCUUCUUCUCAUACAGUGUGGGUGUGGGAACCUUAGUUGUGCUGGGCAGCUACAACACCUACAACAACAACUGCUAUAAAGACUGUCUGUGGCUGUGUUUACUGAACAGUGGUACCAGUGUGGUAGCUGGAUUUGCGGUCUUCUCUGUGCUGGGAUUCAUGGCUCACCAGCAGGGUGUUCCCAUUGCAGAUGUGGCCGAGUCAGGUCCAGGUUUGGCGUUCAUUGCAUACCCUCAGGCUGUAGCCAUGAUGCCCCUUCCCCAGCUUUGGUCCAUCUGUUUCUUUGUCAUGAUCAUUCUCCUGGGCCUGGACACACAAUUUGUUGCCAUGGAGGUGGUAAUGACAUCCUUUGCAGAUAUCUUUCCCACGGUGAUGCGCAGGGCAGGCCGACGGGAACGUUUCCUCAUCCUCUUCUGCCUCAUGUGCUUCUUCUCUCAGCUUGUGAUGAUCACUGAGGGAGGGAUGUAUGUGUUCCAGCUGUUAGACUACUACGCUUGUAAUGGAUUCUGCGUCCUCUUUCCCUGCGUGUUUGAAACUCUGGCACUGGGAUGGAUAUUUGGGGCGGAGCGACUGUAUGGCAUCAUUAAGGACAUGACAGGUGAACACGCCAACCCAUUCUUUAAAAUCUGCUGGCUCUACCUCACACCGCUGGUCUCACUGGGCUCUUUUAUAUGCUCUUUAGUUGAGUACCAGCCUCUGACCUUUAAUCGCUGGUACGUUUACCCAACCUGGGCAUACGUGUUGGGCUGGGUACUGGCCCUCUCCUCCAUCCUGCUUGUGCCGGGAUGUGCGCUGUAUAAACUGGGAACUGGGACUGGGAACCUCAGUCAGCGUUUCCAUCAUCUGUGCCAACCUGACCCUGCCUACUCACUGACAGAAAAGAGAGAAACUGAGUUGCAGCACAUCAAAGAGGAAGAUCUGUAACUAAGGUGAUGAUAUUGUAACCCUAGUUCUCUUAGCACAGGCAGAGCCCUCUACUGGACUCUUUGGGUAAUACUCCUCCAAUACUGAGCAUGCAUUUGCCCACUGAGAUUUGGAGAAACAUAGCCGGUCAAUAAAGACGUGCCUACCCAAAUACGUGUGGACCCCAAAGUAUAGAUGAAGGCUGUCUAGCAUCCUAAACUCUCUUCAGUGAGAGGUGUACAAGUGAUAGGGCCCCUCAGUGGAGGGCUCCGCCUGUGCUAGUAGAACAAGGGUUACAAUAUAGUAACCUUUGUUCUAUCUGACAUGGGCAGACAGUCAUCACCAGCAGGAGGUCUCAGUGGAGAGAUGUUGUCGGUGGACUCCCGUGGGACACUGAUAUACAGGACACUGAUGGGAUGUCAUCAUCUACAAAUGAGGUCAUUGUCUGGGGUCCAUGUCAUUGGUCCGACAGCCCAUUGGUCCGACAUCCCAUUAGUCCGAUGGUCCGCGGUGCUGAACCGCUCCCGGCAGGCGUAUUUCUGCCUUGAUGGUGUGCCGCGACCGGCUCUGGGUCAGCUGGGAAAGGCUUGAGGCGAAGCAGGCUCACAGCUUAUGUGUUUGUCACUUUCUUUUUCAUUUUAACCCACACCAUGAUCUUUCCUGACCCUAACCAAGUGGUUUUUGUGCCUAAACCUAACCAGACCUUAACCACAGGGCAUCAUGAUGAUUUCGGAACAACGGGACUUCGGAACAAUGACUUUAAUAUGGUCGGAACAAUGGGCAGUUCCCAUUGUCUGGAGGGAUGACCAGAUGUGGUAAUGUGGUGAGGUGGUUGGAGCAGGGGUCUUUUGACGUCAAUCUCGAGUUCAAAGCAUCUUAAGUGAUCCCACCACUGCUUGGGCAGAGCCAGGCAGGCCUCGCAGGCUGGUGGCUGCUUAGCAUUGGUCUCUGCAUGGUCUGCGCUGAGCCAUUAGAAGUUCUUGAAAUGGCACCUCCAUCCAUGGAGGAGGCUGCUCAGUCUGACAGUGAGACUCUACCUCCUUGUACAUUGUGGGAUUCUCAUGUAUUUGGGUAGGCAUGUCCUGAUUGACUGGUUACAUUUAUGAAAAUCUCAGCGUGCGAAUGCAUGCUGGUGAUUACAGGAGUAUUACCCAAAGAGUCCAGUAGAGGGCGGAGCAUGUGUAAGAUGGAACUGUUCACUCCCAUUUGAUAUGAAACGUUACUUGUUCCUGAACUCUGUCACCUGCAAUAAUGUGUUUAACAUGUAAGAUCUGGCACUGAGUAGGCUGGUUACUGAUUAUGAUAUCAAUUCCUCUGCUUCUCUACAGUCUGCAAUCCAAAGGUCAAAGACAAACAAGACCAGUUUUAUAUAUUUUAGCUACGUCAUGCUGAUCUUGGAUACUUUACUUGUGUGAUAUCACCGCAAGAUUUCUCCUGUCAAUGUCGCACACUGAAUGAAACAACAAACCAUUUUAACACACAAAACAGACAGUUUCAAACUGAUAUUUUUGCAGGAAUUUUUUUUUCUGUCACAUCAUCAUCACCAUAACAUUUCUGUUUUGAUCCAAAAUAGUGAGUAGUUAAAUGCAAUGAAAAAUGUGCAUUAAAAACUUGUAUAAUGUCUAAAAUAAA